AUGCCACCGCCGCAACUUAGGGGCUUUGGUGGGGGGCCUGCUGUGGCAGCGCCAUAUCACCAGGGCGGUUUCCCCUCCCAUGCCCAACAACAGGGUGGCCACUUGGGCGCGAACCAGUACCUGAAUGCCAACACACAACUGGGACCCUUCUCUGCUGCCAACAGCAAUGCAUUUACGACGGCCGGUCUCAAUGGUCAGGGGUUCGCCGAUACAGGAUUUGGUAGUCAAAGUGCAAGAAUGGGUUUCCAUGGCCCCGCAGCCGCCCUACAACAACCACAACACGGGCAGGUUCACCAGAACAUGUUGAUGGAACACCCAGGAAUCAGGUCACAUCCUAACAAGGGUAGAAUACGGGAAGUAUGGAAGCACAACUUGCACGAAGAAAUGGCUGUAUUGCGAGACUUGGUGGACAAGUAUCCUUACAUUGCGAUGGAUACCGAGUUUCCAGGUGUCGUUUCAAGGCCCAUGGGAGGAUUCCGAGGGAAGAGCGAUUAUCACUAUCAAUGCCUACGAACCAACGUCGAUAUGCUAAGGCUUGGAACAGCCGCUCAAAGGGCAGCGACUAAUGCUCCCUUCCCUUGUUCAUGGCAGUUCAACUUUAAGUUCUCAUUGAAAGACGACAUGUAUAACGAGAAAUCGAUCGAGUCACUUCAGCAAGCGGGGAUCGACUUUAAUGCUCUCGAACGUGAUGGCAUCGAUCCUCACGAGUUCGCCUCUCUUCUGAUUCCUUCAGGUCUUGUCUGCUUCGAUAACGUCAAGUGGAUAUCGUUCCAUGGCGGUUACGAUUUCGGCUACCUGACCAAGCUCCUUAUCUGCUUGCCAUUGCCCAACGACGAAGUCGAUUUUGACCACAAGAUGAAGCUCUACUUCCCUACGACGUACGACGUGAAGCACCUCAUGAAGCACGCCAUCAGGUUACACAACUCCGGCCUUCUUACACCCAGCGAUCCCAGUAGUACUGAGAUCCUGCAAAAGUUUGAGCAUAAAUCUGGACUUGAGAACAUUGCCGAAACCCUCAAGAUUAAACGUGUUGGCUCUGCCCACCAAGCAGGCUCCGAUUCGUUACUCACCGGAAAGGUCUUCUUCUCUAUGCGCGAUAAGAUCUUUGCCGGUGAUAUCCCUGAUGAGCAUGUUGGCAAGGUCUGGGGCUUGGGUUUCCCUGACUCAAAUUCCAGCCUUGUCAUGUCAAUGAUGAACCAGCAAAGCGGCAAUGAUGGGCAGACAAAUGGCAACGGACCUAGCACACCUAACACGACGAAUGCUGCGCUAGCCACCACCCCGGGACCCCAAGGGCAUAAUGGUAUCAUCAACACCGGGCCUAUGACUCCUGGUGGAGGCGGUGGUGUAUUUGGCAACUUUGCUUUUGGCGGAAACCGAUGA